AUGGCAUUACAGGCUGCUGGGGUUUCAACCUCCAAGGUGCUCGUCCUCGUUGGAGCAGGCUUGACCGGUUCUAUCGUUUUGAGGAGCGGGCGAUUAUCUGAUCUUAUUGCACAGCUUCAUGAGUUAUUGAAGGGUGUAAACGAAGCUGAGAUUUUGUCAGAGAAAUAUGAUGGUGCAAUUAUCAGAGCUCAGAUUCAACAAUUGGCUCAAGAAAUCAGGGAGUUAACCUUAUCUGGCCCUGUAACCAUCUUCAAGGAGAACUCUGCCUCCAGUGGGAAUUAUGCUUCAUAUUUAGUUCCAGCUGCUGCACUUGGUGCAAUGGGCUAUUGUUACAUGUGGUGGAAGGGCUGGUCAUUAUCUGAUGUUAUGUAUGUAACAAAGCACAAUAUGGCAAAUGCUGUAGCAGCUGUGUCCAAACAAUUAGACCAUGUCCAUGAAACAUUGGCUUCUACAAAAAGGCAUCUGACAAAGAAGCUGGAAAACUUGGAUUGGAAGAUGGAGGAGCAGAAGGAAAUAAGUGAGCUUAUUGCAAAUGAUGUGAAUGAGGUGAAAUCAAACCUUUCUCAAAUUGGGUUUGAUGUUGAAUUAAUUCAUCAAAUGGUCGCUGGGUUGGAAGGGAAGGUCGAGCUUAUUGAGAGCAAACAGGAUGCCACCAACUCAGGUCUAUGGUAUCUAUGCCAAGUAGCAGAAGGCUUCAAAGAUGGGUUGGAAACUAUACCAUUUCAGAAUGUCUCUGCUAAUCUAGGAAAGCAUUCAACAAUGGCUUUUGAGGAUAAAUCACUCAAGGGCCUACAAUUCCUUGCUGACACUAAAGAGCCAAGCAUGACUGAGAAAUCAACGACAAGCGCGAAAAAGAAUGUUCCCGACAACUUACCUGGGGAAAAGGUUCCAAGAAUGAAAACAAGAAUACACAGGUCAUAUCCAGUUGGGAUUUCUUUGACCCGGGACAUAACGGGCUCAGAUUUGUGA